CAUGCAUUCAAACUCCCAUAUGCGCUCCAAAAAUUCUAAAUAUUAAUAAAUAAUCAGAACUCAAUCGGCAGUAGCAAUAAAAUAAGUAUAUUUUUCGCAUGAGGGAUAAGUGGUCCAUAUGUCCAUAUUUUAAUUAACGAUACUAAAAACAAAUUAAUCUGACGAUAAGGCCUCGUAUAUAAAGCAUUUCCUAAUAGAACUUUAGCCAGUAAUCGGUACCCAAUCAAACUGCAAUAGACGAAUUUUCAGUCUUUGCAAACUCCUACAAUGAAAAUCUAUUUAGCACUUUUCUCCGUGUUUAUCGCGCUUGCUCACGCUAGGUCCGUACCCAACACCGUAAGCGACGAAAGAUUGGCUUUACUUUACAGCCAAAUUUUGCCAAAACUAUACAUGAAUAACGAAAGACUAUUAAACGGACUGAGUUACGCUAAGCGAUGUGCAAUGCUGGGGGAGGAAUCUUGUGCAAACGGUGGAAUCCCUGGGGCCGGGUCGGACAAUGAUUGGUUAAAUGGCGGAUUUACACCCGGAAAACGAUGCGCCAUGUUAGGGGAUGAAUCCUGCGCUAAUGGGGGCAUUCCCGGAGCAGGAUCAGAUAACGAAUGGCUAAGUCAAGGUUUUAACCCUGGAAAAAGAUGUGCAAUGCUGGGGGAUGAAGCCUGUGCGAACGGUGCGAUUCCCGGUGCUGGUGCUGACAGCGACUGGUUAAGUGCUGGAUUUAACCCAGGCAGACGAUAAUAAAAUUUUUAGAGUGUUGAAAAUGCGACCGCCAAUUUUCGUGUGGGAAAUAAAACUCAGUAAAUAAACGACCGCAUUUUUGUUGGGACGAAGUACCCGUGCUACCGUCAUGGUUCAUUGGCGCCCUGUUAUUGUUUA